AUGACAAUAGAAUCAAAUCAAUCAAUUAUAGAUUUAUUUAAAAAUGCAAAUCAAGAACAAAUUUUUAAAUAUUUUGAUGAAUUAAAUUUAGAUGAACAAAAUUCAUUAAUUAAACAAUUAUCUAAAAUAGAAAAUCCUUCUAAUUUAAUAAAAACAGUUGCAAAAGCUAUAAAAUAUUCUCAACAAAAUUCAGAAGAAAAUGAUAUUUUCACUCAAUUACCAAAUGAACAAACUGCUUCAACUUUAGAUUUAGAUGAUGAAGUGCUAUUAAAUUGGUCAAAUUUAGGGUUUGAAGCUAUUUCAAAGGGUGAAGUUGCCAUAUUAUUAAUGGCUGGUGGUCAAGGUACAAGAUUAGGUUCAUCUGAUCCAAAGGGAUGUUUUAAUAUAAAUUUACCAUCAUCAAAAUCAUUAUUUGAAAUUCAAGCUGAAAAAAUUAUAAAAAUUGAAAAAUUAACUCAAUCUAAAUAUAAUUUAUCAACCAAACCUGAAAUUAUGUGGUACAUAAUGACUUCAGGACCAACAAGAGAAUCAACUGAAAAAUUUUUUAAAUUAAAUAAUUAUUUUAAUUUAAAUUCUAAACAAAUUAAAUUUUUUAAUCAAGGUACAUUACCAUGUUUUAAUUUAUCUGGAGAUAAAAUUCUAUUAAAUUCUAAAAAUUCAAUAUGUGAAUCACCAGAUGGUAAUGGAGGAUUAUAUAAAGCAUUACUAGAAAAUAAAAUUAUUGAUGAUUUAAAUUCUAAAAAAAUAAAACAUAUACAUAUGUAUUGUGUUGAUAAUUCAUUAGUUAAAGUAGCUGAUCCUAUUUUUUUAGGUUUUGCAAUUGAUAAAAAAUUUGAUUUAGCUACUAAAGUUGUACGUAAAAGAGAUUCUUCAGAAAGUGUUGGAUUAAUUGUAUUAAAUGAUAAAUUAAAAAGACCUUGUGUUAUUGAAUAUUCUGAAAUUUCAAAAGAAUUAAGUGAAAAAAUAGAUCCAAAAGAUUCUUCAUUAUUAUUUUUAAGAGCAGCAAAUAUAGUAAAUCAUUAUUAUUCAGUAGAUUUAUUAACUAAAAUGAUUCCUAAAUGGAUUAAAUCACAAGAAUUUUUACCUUUCCAUAUUGCCAAAAAGAAAAUUCCAUGUAUAAAUUUAAAGACUAAUCAAUUUCAAAAACCAACAGAACCAAAUGGUAUAAAAUUAGAACAAUUUAUAUUUGACGUUUUCCCACUGAUUGAAUUAUCAAAAUUUGGUUGUUUAGAAGUAGAUAGAAAUGAAGAAUUUUCACCUUUAAAAAAUGCAGAUGGUGCUAAAAAUGAUACUCCAACAACUUGUAAAUUACAUUAUUUAAAAAGAGGUACUAAAUGGAUUAUUGAAAAUGGUGGGAUUUUAGAAAAUAAAGAUGAUUUAAUUGAAGUUAUGCCAUUAACUUCUUAUAGUGGUGAAGGUUUAGAAUUUGUAAAAGGUCAAAAAUUUAAAAAUGGGGAUAUUAUUUAA